UGUUCCCAUUGGCUGACAGAGCAGAGCCGCUCAGUCCUCAGUGAGUCAGGGCGUCUCCGCUAAUCGGACAAACUACACUCACACCUGACAAACUACACCUUCACCUGACAAACUACACCCUCACCUGACGGUCCCCUCUCUCUACGUGACGGGAUUUUAUUUGGACGUAAAGCGACGCUGUGUUUUCGCUGCGGUGGACGGUGUCACCAGCAGAUACUCUCAGGUUCUGACCAAGACAGGUAGACAGGUGGAGGCUCACCUGGCCGCGGGUCCUCAUGGGGAACAGCGCGCUCAAGUCUCACCUGGAGACCUCCCAGAAGACCGGGGUGUUUCAGCUGACAGGGAAAGGACUGCAGGAGUUUCCUGAGGAGCUGCAGAGACUCACCUCCAACCUGAGGACCGUGGAUCUGUCAGGGAACAAGAUCGAGCUUCUUCCCGCCGCCAUCGGAAACUUCCUGCAGCUCAAGAGUUUGACGCUCAACUCCAACAGGCUCACCUCUCUUCCUCCUGACAUCGGGAAGCUGAAGAAGCUGGAGACUCUGAGUCUGAACCUGAACCGGAUCCAGCAGCUGCCCCCGGCCCUCGGUCAGCUCAAAUCCCUGCGGACCCUCAGCCUGGCCGGGAACCAGAUCUCAGAGUUCCCCCCUGGACUGGCGACCCUGAGGCAGCUGGACCUGCUGGACCUGUCCCGAAACAAGAUCCAGAAUGUCCCUGCGGAGGUGUCUGAGCUGCAGGCCAUCGAGAUCAACCUCAACCAGAACCAGAUCUCGGUCCUGGCGGUGGAGGUCUCUCGGUGUCCCCGUCUGAAGGUCCUCCGUCUGGAGGAGAACUGUCUGGAGCUGUCCUCCAUCCCUCUGUCCAUCCUGACUGACUCCCAGGUGUCUCUGUUCUCUGUGGAGGGAAACCUGUUCGAGGUCAAGAGGCUGCGAGACCUGGAUGGAUACGACAAGUACAUGGAGCGUUUCACAGCCACUAAGAAGAAGUUCACCUGAAGACGUCUCUGACGAGUCUGAACCUCAAAGCACCACCUGGAGGCGGGGUCAACCAAGACUCCACCCACCACCGCCGCUUCUUCUUCUUCUGCUAAAAACCAGAUGUCACCCCCUCCCGCAGCACCCACAGAGACCUGGUGCAGGUCUGAGGACAUUUAACCCAACAGGAGACGACACAGACUGAACCACAGCCAAUACCAUCAAUACUCACCGAUCAACCUGAUCAAUACUCCGCUCAUUAAACACGGGUUUCUUCAUGGUCAGUGACGGGAAACUGGAUCUGGUUCUGGGGGAUCGAUUGGACUAAUUAUUAACUGAUCACUAAUCAAUAAAGAAAUUAAUCUGAAACGUUAAAACAGAGUUUGAACAGUUUAAACCACAGAUCAGUUUUUCUUCUCUGACCUCUGACCUUUGUCCUUUGACUGUUUGUAUGUGAAGGUCCCGUCAGGGUUCAGGUCUGAAGGAGUCGGUUCAGACAAAACGGAGUCUCAUUAAAACCAGGUCUAAACAUCACAUCCUGUUUCUCUGUCACUGAGUCUGAUCCAAGAUCAGUUUGUUCAGCUGUGGACCUGGACCUGGACCUGGACCUGGACCUGGACCUGCUGACCUCUGAGUGACUGAGCUGCAGCUACAGAUCAGUUCAGUAAACUCUGAGCUUCUGUUUCCACUGAACAAACACAUCACUGUUUCUGUUAUUGAUCAGCUGAUCAGACUCUGGAUCCUGGUCCAUCUUUAAACUCUGGUUAAAGUGGUUUACCUGCUGCUUCACCUGAACACUGAGUAGAGUUUGAAACCUUCCAUGAGAAUCAACAGGUUCGUCUGUAGUUAAAUAAACAGCAGGUUUAAUAUGAACUGA